GGGAGCGAGCGAGGCAGCGGCAGGCAGGCAGGAGGGCGAGCGAGCGAGGAGGCUGCUGCGGCAUUGACGGCGCCUCGCCUCUGCCUCCUCCCCUGGCCAGCAGCUCAGUGCCCCGCGCCACCUCCCACCGCAGCUGCGUCGCCGGGUCCAGGCGGGAUGGGACCCCUCCGGGAAAGCAGCAAGGAGCACAAAAUGCAGGACAAGGAGAUCUGCCGCAGCCGCAUUCCUCGCCUGGUCCUCCGGCCUCAUCUCCCCAGCAGCAGCUCCGCCACCAGAAAGUGUCCCCGGCGUCCGAGUCACCCUUCUCGGAGGAGGAAAGCAGAGAAUUCCACCCCCUCAGCUCUUCUGGAGGGUCUGCAAGGACCAUCAGCAGCAACAGUUUCUGCUCAGAUGACACAGGUUGCCCCAGCAGCCAGUCCGUCUCUCCAGUUAAGACUCCUCCUGAUGCUGGAAACAGUCCAGUUGGUUUUUGUACAGGCAAUGAUGGAGGAGACUACACAAGGAAGAAAUUUAAUUCGGGAACAAUGGGGGAUGGAACUCAACAGCCGGCUCGAUAUAAGAAGGAAACAAAGACAAGCUUCAUAAAGCCAGGAAGCGAAGCUGAUUUUAGCUCCUCAAGCAGUACAGGCAGCAUCUCAGCUCCUGAAGUCCACAUGUCUGCUGCUGGAAGCAAGAGGUCAUCCUUUUCUCGCAACCGGGGUCCCCACGGACGGAAUAACGGAGCCGUGUCCUACAAGUCUGGAUCUAGCCCUCCUACCACGUCCCGUGAAAAGGACUUCCUGUCAAUGCUGUGCAAAAAUCAGUUGAGUCCCAUUAGCACCCACCCGAAUUAUGAGGCUUCUUCGGCCAGCAGCAGCAAUUCAGGCUCAUACAAGGGAAGUGAUAACAGCCCCAUUUUGAGGCGGCCGGCAAGAUACACCUCUUGUGGAGAGAACCACGGCAUCAAACCACCUAGCCCAGAGCAGUAUCUGACUCCUCUGCAGCAAAAGGAAGUUACAGUGAGGCACCUGAAAACAAAACUGAAGGAAUCUGAGAGCAGACUGCAAGAAAGAGAAACAGAAAUCAAGGAACUCAAAUCUCAACUUGCCCGCAUGAGGGAAGACUGGAUUGAAGAAGAGUGUCAUCGGGUGGAAGCCCAGCUUGCCUUGAAGGAAGCAAGGAAGGAGAUCAAACAACUCAAGCAGGUUAUUGAAACCAUGAAGAACAGCUUGGCUGAGAAAGACAAAGGGAUUCAGAAGUAUUUUGUGGACAUCAACAUCCAGAACAAGAAGCUGGAGACCUUGCUCCAGAGCAUGGAAAUGGCACAGAACGGCUCUUGUCACGAGGAUCGCAGCCUAGAUUAUGUGUGUGGGACACCUGAUAAGUCUUUGACUCCGAGUGCGGCCUACUCCAAAAUGGCAGACAGCAUGCUCAUGGAAGACCACUCUGUGGAGGAUAUGGCAGAUAGCGGUGUAUUGCUUAGUGACGACGUGGCCAAUGGGAACGAUGUAUUUGAAGAGACAGCGAUGGACGCCACACUCGAACUCUUUACACCUUCCCCCUUAAACCAUUUGGAUCUCGUUAAAAACCUCACAAACGCCAAAGAAGAAGAUGACAGCCACAGCCAUAGUUUGGCGAUGGAGCAGGCAGUUCAGGCUGAUGUGUUGCUGUACAGCUCAAGCAUGGAGCAGCUGAUUCAGAACAUAUUCAAGGCGCACGAGGGACGCCCCAUCAGCCCUUCUUCAGCUUCGAAAGAAUCCGACGGAUCUGGUCUCGAAAGCAUCACAGACUUGCUCGUGGACUUGACUCCAUGCGAUCCGAAUUCCGCUAUCCUUUUAUCCCCGCUGGAGUUGACACACGAUGCUGUGGAUUCUAGGUAUUACGAAAACAGAGUCAUGAAGGAACUGGACUUCACAGACUGUCACGCUGAAGGCUUUGGGAAUGUCACGAAGUUGUCCGAGAGGAGCGUUGUGAAAAGAUACUGGAGCAGCAGCUUCUUUGUCGAUGCUUUGGCUGUAGCCGCUCCCAUCCUGCCAACGGUAAUGUGGAUGUUCAGUACCCAGCGAGGAGGGACUAACCCUGUCUACAAUUUCGGAGCAUUGCUUCGAGGAUGCUGCUUGGUUGCCUUGAAUUCUCUCCGCCACGUACCCGUCAGCGUCCGACCCUAGAGGGAAUUCUCCUGUACAGUUGUGCCAAGAGGCUGAGUUCUGGUGGGUGUGGUUCUGGUUGCGUGAAUAUAAUGUUGGGUUCUGUCCGUCCUGCUCCUAAAUGUUUGAUUUGCACUAUAUUUAGUUCAGAACAUGUUCAUUGUUUGAAACUGAAGAAGAAGGAGGAGGUGGCACGGAGAUUUUCUGCCGCUAAAUGUAAACGCAAGUGCAUUUUAAUUUUUUAAAAGAAGCAUGCUAAGCACUUCUCGUUCUGUCGUCGGAUGUGUGGAUUGUGAUACCAAAUUGUUUUCAGAUGGGAGGGGAAAGUACACUCUUACAAAGGCAGCUUACAUAAGCCUCGCAUGUAUUGUCUGUCUGUGCUUCUUCGUGGUGCUUUAAUUAUGUAAUCGCCCCCUGCAUUCCACUGAUCCUGUGUACAAGGGGACCGUAAACCAAAAAUUAAAAAGAGAGGGGGAAAUGUUAUUGCAGAUGGGUAGGUGGGUGGGGAGUCUUGAAUCUUGUUAUUAACCACGUUUAUAAAUAUGAUUGUGAAUAUAUUUUAUGAAGUCUGUUCAAAGUCUUAAAUGAAGUCUUACUCGGAACGUACUGUUGUCACACAAGUGUAUGAAGGAAUAUUUUAAAUGUAUGUGUACUAACUUAUUUUUUUUCUUGUUAAAUAAUCUUUUAAGGAAAAAGAAGAAGAAUGCUUUAUAAUUACAAGCUAUAAGUAAAGCAUGUUGAAACUGAA